GGACUAUCCUCUUCCUGGCGGGGCGGGGCUUGAGCUCUUGCCGACGAGUCACAUGCUUACCUGGAGAAGGAGGAGCCCAGAAGUGUCUCCCAGGGCCGCGGGACUCUUUCCCGGCUCAGAGGUCUCUGUGGGGUGGUAGUUGUAGUACUGUAACGACGAAUAUUAGAGUCCCUGCGCCUGGCUGGUGUGGAUCUCGCUUAAACAGUACGGAGCCGGUUUACGGGCUUCCUUUCUUCCAAGGAAAACCCGAGGAUCUGAAGUGCGGAGGAGAAAGCCCCAACCUCGCCUCACAAAGUUUGUGCAUCCGGAGGGCGAACUGGGAUCCUGCCUCAUGCAGAGCGAGAGAGCCCUGAGCCGGGCUCAGGCACGUAGGUCCUUUGAAGUUGCACCCUGGGGCUGCGGCCAUGGGCAGCUGCGUGGGAAGACAACGCAGAGAGGGGCAGAUCACCUCAGGAAACCCACGCAAGCGAGCAGGUCGUAAUGAACCUCUAAAAAAGGAUCGCCCCAAGUGGAAGAGCGAUUACCCAAUGACGGAUGGGCAACUAAGGAGCAAGCGGGAUGAAUUCUGGGAUACAGCACCUGCCUUUGAGGGACGCAAGGAGAUUUGGGAUGCACUCAAGGCUGCUGCCUAUGCUGUGGAGGCAAAUGAUCAUGGGCUAGCACAAGCCAUUAUCGAUGGUGCUGGAGUUACCUUGCCUCAUGGCUCACUUACUGAGUGCUAUGAUGAAUUGGGUAACCGAUACCAACUUCCUGUAUACUGCCUGGCACCACCUAUUAACUUGAUUAUGGAGUGGAGUGAGGAGGAGGGUGCAGAACCUCCAGACCCAGCACCCAACAGCCGCCGUGAAUUCCCACUGAAAGUACGCCUCUCAUCUGGCAAGGAUCUGCGUCUGAAUGCCAGCAUGACAGACACAAUUGGACAACUUAAGAAGCAACUCUAUGCCCAGGAAGGACUAGAGCCUGCAUGGCAACGCUGGUUUUUCUCUGGCAAGUUACUGACAGAUAGGACCCGCCUGCAGGAGACCAAAAUCCAGAAAGACUUCGUAAUUCAAGUAAUUGUCAAUCAACCCCCUACACCAAGGAACUGAGCUAGAGAUAGUUGGUGUGGCCUCCAGUCUGACCCAGAGACUGAGCAGAAACCUGUGACAGCAGGUGUCUGUUCUGUGCAUCUAGAGAAGCAGAUGGUGUCCUUAAAAGCAGGCUGGCAGAGUCUGCCAUAGCCUUUGAAAAGUUGCACAUGCUCACUUGCUGCAGGACACAGUCAACAAGCUGGGCAAUAGCACAGAUGUGUAAUGUUCAAAGUGGUUUCUGUCUCAUGACCAUCUGGCUAGUUUUUACCUUCCCCAAACUCCAAAGAGCUAGAAAUACCCAUUUCUAGGCUUGGCUGGCACCAAAACAAUGCCUCCUUCCUUUCCCUUCAACUCCAGUCCAGUUGGAGCUGCCCACACUGAAAUGAUGGAUUGUGGGCCUAGUCCUUUUCAGGGACUCAGUGUAGCUCCUGCCAUUUGAGUACUGAAAAGCUUUUAGAGAGAGCAUGAGACCAAAGUGUCUGUCCCAUGAGGGACUACUGCCUCAGGCCCAAAAUAAAUAAAUAAAUCACCAAGGCUGAUUCCCCAUAUCUAGGCUUUUGCUUAUACUGAGGUUGGCCCUGUUUUAUUCAUCAAGGAUGAUUGUACCAUAACUCAGCUCAUCCUAAACCUAUGGACAGCCCCUCAUCCAGAUAAGGUGUGAUAUGUGGAGAAUGGAGGAUGGAUCAUAUAUGUGGGUCCUAGUGUAAUUUAUCAAUAAAAUCUUUUUCCAACUA